CGGCGGGCUUGUUGCCUAGAAACCAUCAAACACCACAAUCCCGGCCGUUAUGGCGGGGCUGAGCAGCGCCCAGAUCCCCGAUGGGGAGUUCACCGCCGUCGUGUACCGGCUCAUCCGCGACUCCCGCUACGCCGAGGCGGUGCAGCUGCUGGGCGCAGAGCUGCAGCGGAGCCCCAGGAGCCGCGCCGGCCUGUCGCUGCUGGCCUACUGCUACUACCGCCUGCAGGAGUUCGCGCUGGCCGCGGAGUGCUAUGAGCAGCUGAGCCAGCUGCACCCGGAACUCGAGCAGUACCGCCUGUACCAGGCCCAAGCCCUGUACAAGGCCUGCCUUUAUCCAGAGGCCACCCGGGUCGCCUUCCUUCUCCUGGACAACCCCGCCUAUCAUAGCCGGGUCCUGCGCCUGCAAGCUGCUAUCAAGUACAGUGAGGGUGACCUUCCAGGGGCCAGGAGCCUGGUGGAGCAGCUGCUCAGUGGGGAAGGGGGAGAAGAGAGUGGAAGUGAGAAUGAGCCAGACGGUCAGGUCAACUUGGGUUGUUUGCUGUACAAGGAGGGACACUAUGAAGCUGCCUGCUCUAAGUUCUUUGCGGCCCUGCAGUCUUCAGGCUACCAGCCUGACCUUUCCUACAAUCUGGCACUGGCCUAUUAUAGUAGCAGACACUAUGCCCCAGCUCUGAAGCACAUCGCUGACAUUAUUGAGCGUGGCAUCCGUCAGCACCCAGAACUUGGUGUGGGCAUGACCACUGAGGGCAUUGAUGUUCGAAGUGUUGGCAACACUUUAGUCCUCCACCAGACUGCUCUGGUGGAAGCCUUCAACCUCAAGGCAGCCAUAGAAUACCAGCUGAGAAACUAUGAGGCAGCCCAGGAAGCUCUCACUGACAUGCCACCUAGAGCAGAGGAAGAGUUGGACCCCGUGACCCUGCACAACCAGGCACUCAUGAACAUGGAUGCCAAGCCUACAGAAGGGUUUGAGAAGCUACAGUUUUUGCUCCAACAGAACCCCUUCCCCCCAGAGACUUUUGGCAACCUCUUGCUGCUCUACUGUAAGUAUGAGUAUUUUGACCUGGCAGCAGAUGUCUUGGCAGAAAAUGCCCAUUUGACUUAUAAGUUCCUCACACCCUAUCUCUAUGACUUCUUGGAUGCCAUGAUCACUUGCCAGACGGCUCCUGAAGAAGCUUUCAUUAAGCUUGAUGGCCUAGCAGGAAUGCUGACUGAGCAGCUUCGUAAACUUACCAUACAAGUACAGGAAGCAAGACACAAUAGAGACGAAGAAGCUGUCAAAAAGGCAGUGAAUGAAUAUGAUGAAACCCUUGAGAAAUAUAUUCCUGUGUUGAUGGCCCAGGCAAAGAUCUACUGGAAUCUUGAAAAUUAUUCAAUGGUAGAAAAGAUUUUCCGCAAAUCUGUGGAAUUCUGUAAUGACCAUGAUGUGUGGAAGUUGAAUGUGGCUCAUGUUCUGUUCAUGCAGGAGAACAAAUACAAAGAAGCCAUUGGUUUCUAUGAACCCAUAGUCAAGAAGCAUUAUGAUAACAUCCUGAAUGUCAGCGCUAUUGUAUUAGCAAACCUCUGUGUUUCCUAUAUUAUGACAAGUCAAAAUGAAGAAGCAGAAGAGUUGAUGAGGAAGAUUGAAAAGGAGGAAGAGCAGCUGUCCUAUGAUGACCCUGACAGGAAAAUCUACCAUCUCUGCAUUGUGAAUUUGGUGAUAGGAACACUUUAUUGUGCCAAAGGAAAUUAUGACUUUGGUAUCUCUCGAGUUAUCAAAAGCUUGGAACCUUACAGUAAAAAGCUGGGAACGGAUACCUGGUACUAUGCCAAAAGAUGUUUCCUAUCCUUAUUAGAAAACAUGUCAAAGCACACAAUUAUGCUUCGUGACAAUGUUAUUCAAGAAUGUGUGCAGUUUCUAGAACACUGUGAGCUUUAUGGCAGAAACAUACCUGCUGUUAUAGAACAACCCCUGGAAGAAGAAAGAAUGCAUAUUGGAAAGAACACAGUCACAUAUGAGUCCAGACAGUUAAGAGCUUUGAUUUAUGAGAUUAUAGGAUGGAAUAUAUAGUUAUAGAGAAUAAUGACUUUUGUUGGAAUAGCUUUGUUACAUACAUUUUGCACUAUUUUCUAUAUUUAGCCUUUGGCAUUUAUAUUACUUACAUGUUGCACUUUGUACACUUUAGUAUUGUAACAAGAAUGUUAGAUAAACUUUCAUUUUUAAAUUCUCCACAGAAUGAAAUAUUUUAAGAACUCUUUCCCCAGAAAGGGUUGUCAAAAGUUGAAAACUGAUAAGGGAUUUUGUGUCUAUUAGAACUUGUAAUACCUGUUUCUUUUUGUCAUUUGUGCUUUGAUACAUCUUGAGGUGACCUUAUAUAUGUGUUACAUUACCUCGGGACCAGUUACUAAAUCCAGAACUGAGUAGUAGCAAAUGUGUAGGAGUUCUAGGUUUUUAAUAAUUUCAAGGAUUGUUUGUUUUCUUCUCACACUUACCCUCAUUUUAAUGUAAGAUACAUACUUUUACAUAGAGUUUAAGAUAUUUUGGCCUGUUUUAGGAUAUUUGGUUUUUCCAAUAUUGAUACUUUUUUUUAGUUAAUAAAAAUUCCUUAGGUUAUAAUUUUUUUAAUGUGCAAGAUUCAAUGGCAAAUCUUAUUCACUAACAAAUUAUGGUGCUAUGUUGCAGAGACAAUAAAUCAUUAAAGAAACAGAUUUCCAUAGUUUUGUU